AUGUCGGGGCCGCGCUGCCCGCAGUGCGCCCAGCCCUGCGUGUCGCCGCGGCUGCUGCCCUGCCUGCACUCGCUGUGCGAGCCCUGCCUGCGGCGGCUCGGGCCGCCGGAGGGGCCGCCGGGCGCCGCCCGCCCCGUCCUGUGCCCGGUGUGCGACGCCGAGCUGUCGCUGCCGGCCGGCGGCGUGGGGCAGCUCCCCCCCGACUGCCUGGCCGGGAGCCGCGGCCGGGCCGCUGCUGGGUGCGACCUCUGCGCCGACGGGGCGGCGGCCGGGCGGUGCCUGACCUGCGGCCUCCGCCUCUGCCGCUUCUGCUGCCGGGCGCACAGGAGACAGAAGAAAACGGCCUCCCAUGCUGUGACAGAGCUGGAGAACACCAAGGAUUGCAGCCAGGCCGGGAAGCCUCUCCCGUGCCCCUCCCAUCCCACAGAGGAGCUGCAGCUGUUCUGCGAGCAGUGUGACCAGCCCGUGUGCCGGGACUGCGUCCUGGGCAGACACCGUCAGCACCCCUGUGACUUCGCCGCCAAUGUCAUCCACAGGCACGGGGACGCCCUGCGGGAGCUGCUGCAGAGCAGCCAGCAGCACUUGGACACCCUGGAGGAUGUGCUGAGCCAGGUCGAUGAGAUGGGCGGCGCUGUCCGCAGUCGCGCAGAGGCUGUGGCCGCGGAGAUCUGCCUCUUUGCCAGGGGCUAUGUAAAAGCCAUUGAAGAGCACCGGGACCGGCUGCUGAAGCAGCUGGAGGACUUGAAGGUGCAGAAGGAAAACCUGCUGCACUUGCAGAAGGCCCAGCUGCAGCAGCUGCUGCUGGACAUGAGGACAGGUGUGGAGUUCACGGAGCACUUGCUGAUGAGCGGCUCAGAUGUGGAGAUCCUCGUCUCCAAAGGGGUGGUGUCCAGCCGUCUGACACAGCUCAACAGCAUUGCUUACAGCACCCACCCCAGUGUGGAUGACAGGAUCCACUUCUCCCCCCACGAGAGGGCAGGGCAGUGUUGUGGCUAUGAAGUUUUUGGGGCCAUUCUUAAUAAAGUGGUUGAUCCAGCCAGAUGUACCCUGCAUGGGGAAGAUCUCCACAGUGCCCGUCAGAACCAGCUGAGUGGCUUUACCCUGCUGUGCAGGGACACUGCGGGGGAGCGCCUGGGGCGGGGAGGAGAGGCUGUGCGGGUCACCAUCACCCACAAGGACAAGAGGGACUGUGCAGUCAAGCCAACAGUGUGUGAUAAUGGUGAUGGGACCUACUGUAUUUCCUACAGCCCUGAGGAGCCAGGCUUGUAUGCUGUCUGCGUCUGUGUGAAAGGGCAACAUGUGCAGGGCUCUCCCUUCACUCUGAUGGUGAAGCCCAAGUUCCGUGAGCACCAGGGGGUGUUUCACUGCUGCACGUUCUGCUCCAGCGGAGGCCAGAAAGCCGCUCGCUGUGCCUGUGGUGGGACCAUGCCAGGUGGGUACCAAGGCUGUGGCCACGGACACAAAGGUCACCCUGGCUGCCACCACUGGUCAUGCUGUGGACAAGUGAAGGAGAGCUCAGAGUGUUUGUGUGGGCCACCCAGUGACACCUCACAGAGGAGUUUGCUCAGGACAGUGGCACUCUGAGCAGCCAGGUGAGCUCCUGGGAGUCCAGGGCACUGCUGCUGGCUGCUCCAGGAGCACAAACGAUC